GUUGCGCACAUAGGCGGACGGCCUGCUGAACACUUUUGGAUUUGGGCAUAUAAAAAGCAUUUGAAAUACUUUUGCCAACUAGUAUUCUAAGAUAUUUCAGAGGCAAAAAAACUCAUCAAAAUGCACCGUUUUAUUUGCGUCCUCGUUUCCGUUCUUGCUGUUGUGAAUGCGUCUCCUUAUGGCGGCAGCGGCGGUUAUGCUGCGCCUGCCUACCGCGAAGUCAUUGUCCAGCCUGCAGAGAAAAGCGUUGAAUAUCACAUUCCUGCCCCAUCGCAUUGGGUUUCAGGAUCUGCUGCACCGGCGGGUCCACAAGUCUCCCCAGUUAAUGCCUACUCUAUCUCAGGGCGUGGUAUUCCCUCAUCGUUGGUUGGCAUUUCGUCCAAGCCAAGUGCCAGUGCUAGUGCUGCUUCUGCUAAUGUGCCUUUGGAUGCUGGUUCUUAUAAACUCUUGGUUGUUCCUCGCUACGAAAUCCCACGUGAUGCCGUGGGACCUGAGCCAGCGGUUUAUGGGAACUCUGGUGGCAACGCUUAUGGCAGCUCUGGUGGCUAUUGAUUCUAAGGAUUCUCAUAACUUGAAAAUGACAAAGAAACGUUUAACUUAAAUACACGCUCUGGAAGCAAAGCCCUUAACUUAUGAAA